UCCAGGAGCGACACCAUGCAGAGCAGAGUUUGGCAGAGUUAAAAGCAGAGCACAAGGCCCUGUGUGAAACGGCGGAAGAGCUGGAGCGGCAGCAAAGUCUUAGCGAGUCCGAAGUGAGAGCGCUCAGGGCGGGAUUAGACUUCGCGCAAGCUCGGUGGUUGGACUUGCAAGACUCGGAGACGGCUUGGAAGGCGAAGAUGGAAGCCUUGCAACAGAGCCAUGAUGAGUUGGUACAGGCGCUCAAGCGCAAAACGCUGCACGAGGGUCAUGGCACAGAGACCUCAGAGAGUGAUCCGUUUCAGGAUGUUGGGCUGACCAGUUUCCAGCCGGACUCCAGCGAAGGAAAGAGGCAGCAAAACUCUGAUGGCUCUGAUGGAUUGUUGGAGGAAGCUCAUCAACAAGUGAUCGAGGCUCUGCGGCAGAAGGAUCUCAGCGUGGCGAAGUGCGAAGACUUGCGCCGGGAGAACUCGCAGCUGAAACGCGAACUGAUGAGGCAAAGCCGCGGAGUGUUGCUGAUGGAAGCGGAGAACAACAGUCAAAAUGCCAACGGCCUGUCGAGCUUCCUGAGUUCUUUGCAGGACCGGCUCAGUGCAUCUCCACGUGCUUCUUCCAAGAGCAAGGCUUUGAACCUCUCCUUUCCGGAGCUCGAAGAGCGCUUGGCCGAGGCAACCACAAAGGCGAGCAGCUCGCUGAAAGCGGUGCUGCAGGGCCUGCAGAAGCGACGGCAACUGGAGCCGGGGGUGUUGCAAAGCCUUCAAGAGGAGAGCUUAAGAUCUCAACGGGAGAAACAGCUCUUGGAGCAAGAGCUUUUUGAGCUCCGACUGCAACAUCUGACAAAGGGCAUGGGAGCGCUCAAUCCUCGCAGCAAGGCAUCAGGAUGUGGGGAGGCUGUUUGGGGCAAUGAUGCAUGA